ACAGGUGAGAUGAGACAGGUGAGGAGAGACAGGUGAGGGGAGACAGGUGAGGAGAGAGAGAUUGGUCCAGUUUCAGCAGAAACCAGUUGGUGAGGGACGUUUCCUGGAAGCUGGAGAAUCAAAGAGACCAGAAGAUGUUUCAAGUCGUCCUCCUCCUCCUCUUGGCUCCGGCGUUGAUCAGCUGCCGUGCCGUUGAGUAUCCGGCUGACUGCAGCCAGAUCAGUGAGGUCGGAGAUCAGCACCAGAGCGGCACCUACUCCAUCUACCCUGCAGGAGAGAAGCUCAGAGUCGAAGUGUACUGUCAGAUGAGUCCAGACCAACCAGCCUGGACAGUGAUUCAGACCAGGAUGGAUGGAACCGUCAACUUCUACCGGCCCUGGACUCAGUACAAGGUCGGCUUUGGUUCGGUGUGGGGAGAACACUGGCUCGGUCUGGACAACAUCCACUAUCUGACCUCAGGACCCACGAAGUUUGAGUUACAGGUGGACAUGGAGGACUUUGAGGGAAAGAAGGCGUCUGCACAUUACAAGAUCUUCUCUGUGGACUCUGAGUGUAACGGAUACACUUUGACUGUGUCUGGAUUCACAGAUAAAGGGGCAGGAGACUCCAUGAAGGAACACAAUGGCAUGAAGUUCUCGACCUUUGACAAAGACCAGGACACGUGGCCUGAUAACUGUGCCUCAACCUUCAUGGGAGGUUUCUGGUACAACAAAUGUCACCAUGCAAACCCUAAUGGGGUUUAUCGCUGGGGGCAGGAGAAGACUCCCUUUGCUGUUGGAGUUUCAUGGUUCACUUGGAAAAACACCUAUGACUACUCUGUGAAGUCCAUCGUCAUGAAGGUCCGUCCUGUGCAGCCUAAGUAACUUUCAUAGAGCAGCAGCAGACCUCAUGUUGAUCUGUCUCAACAUCUGUCCCCUUCAUCAGUCAAAGUCAAAUGAAAUCACAAGUUUGAACCCUGAUGUCAAUCUUCACCUUCU